GCUCACUGCGUGAAUUCGAUAAAUUCCCGACCGCAGAAAAUUCAUGAAAUUCAGUACCCCUUUCUCUUCCAUUGUCAAAUUUUUUUCUCGUAGACACUCUAAUUCGAGCUCCAAGUAAAGACCCUUGACAUUGUUGAGUUUGGCCAAAAUGCCGGAUGUUCAUACCCUCGUUAAUGAUUUUCUGAAUCAGCUUAAAAAACGUAAAAUUGAAGGUUCUCAGGCCACAGCAAAGCUCACAGCAGAGUUGCUCCGGUCUGUGAUUUCACAGCAGCGAGUGCCACACACGAACCAAGCCACAACUCUGAUUAAUGCAGUGAGGGCUGUGGGGGAGCAGCUUAUUGCUGCUAAUCCUAUUGAGCUAGCUGUUGGAAAUAUUGUGAGGCGUGUUUUGCACAUUAUAAGGGAAGAGGAUCUUUCCCUUGCAACAGCUGCUAUGGAUGGUUUGGGGGUAUCAGCUGCAAGUGACGAUGAAGAUGAUGCGGAGCGAGAUGAAAAUCCUGUUUUAUCUGCGGCUGCUGUUGCAGCUGCUGCCAGAAGCACAUUGCGUCCACCGUCAUUGCAAACUCUUCUAGAGGAUACAUCUGAUUCAGCUGCUGCUCCCCCCACAUCUUCCUCAGGGGGUGAAUCUGACGGGAGAAGUAGAUCUGUGGAAAAAGGUUCAAGAGGGAGGAAAUUGAAGCAUGAUGUCAUCGAAGCAGUCAAUGAACUUAUUCAAGACAUAUCUACUUGCUAUGAACAAAUAGCUGAGCAGGCAGUGGAGCACAUUCAUCACAAUGAGGUAAUAUUAACAUUAGGCAGCUCAAAAACAGUGUUGGAAUUUCUUUAUGCUGCGAAGGAAAAACAGAGAUCAUUUAAGGUCUUUGUUGCUGAAGGGGCCCCUAGAUAUCAGGGACAUCUCCUUGCAAAAGAAUUGGCUGCUAGAGGCUUACAGACCACAGUAAUUACUGAUUCAGCUGUUUUUGCAAUGAUUUCUCGAGUGAACAUGGUUAUAGUUGGAGCUCAUGCUGUCAUGGCUAAUGGUGGAGUUAUUGCACCAGUGGGGUUAAAUAUGGCUGCACUUGCAGCUCAAAGGCAUGCUGUUCCAUUUGUUGUACUUGCUGGGAGUCACAAGUUGUGCCCUUUGUAUCCACACAAUCCUGAAGUCCUACUGAAUGAGCUGAGAUCCCCAUCUGAGCUACUUGACUUUGGGGAAUUCUCAGAUUGCAUGGAUUCUGCAAGCGGUGCCGGUUCUCUUCAUGUUGUUAAUCCAACAUUUGAUUACGUGCCACCAAAACUUGUUAGUCUCUUUAUUACUGACACAGGAGGGCAUAAUCCUUCCUAUAUGUACCGGCUCAUAGCUGAUUACUACUCAGCUGAUGAUUUGGUGGUGAAACGAAGACCCACUACAGGGAGUUGAGUUCAGAUACCCCAAAUUUUGUCCUAUAACUGUUGUUGGUGGUCUCUGAUGAACCAUGAGCCGGAGAUAUUUGUGUAGUAGAAAAUCUUAUUCAAUUGUAGUAAUUGGGGUGGAGAAAUUGUAACCGUGGAAAUGAUAUGGGAAAAUACAAAGUGAAACAAGGAAAAUUAUAUUUUUGUGGUUGCUGACUUCUUGGACAUAACCUUGUCGUUUUUGUUUUCGGUCCACUCGUGGGCAUUCAAGAGUAUCACUUGUCACCAUUUUUUUUAUUGUACAUCUUUGUUUCCACAUAAAGAAAUGAUAAUACUAUUUUCGUCUAUAAUAUACAAACUUCUAGUCUA